AUGGACACUGAGAAGGCCGCCCUAACAUCCAUUACUGCACAUGUUAGAAUCCGACCACCAUCUAGUGGUAGCCUCAAGGUAUUAGCAUCGGCGGCAUUAGUUGACGAUGACAGACGCAAGUGUGUCCCACUUAUUUCAACAUCACUGGUAGAACGAACGCAGUUCUUCAGUGUGAAAGCAAAUACAAGGGCGGAGCUGGCAGGUUUUAGUUUCUAUGUGGAUCGAGUGCACCAUAUGCUGCUUCGCGGCAACUGCGCGCAGUGCGUAAGUGAUAAAUCACCGGUCUGCCUGGAUGCUGUGCUCGAGUACCUGGUCGCUGAUUUGGUGGAUGUAGCGAGUGGCGUAGCCGUCGACAAUGAGAUAGGGUGUAUGUUCCCUCGUCACAUGCAUUUGGUUAUUUGCGAAGACAAGGAGCUGAACAACUUGGCGGCGAAUAUGGCCACGCCACCCCAUGGCGUGAAGACGGUUGGGGGUGGUGCUGCUGGCCAUGAAAAUAGAUAA